AACGCACGCUUGCAGCAAUGCUUCUCUCGUUUGUGUUACGUCAGCGCUGCAUGUGCUCGCAGAAUUCCGUUCCUCCUGUGCCGCAUCGUCAUUCGGUCGCGCGAGCCACUCGGAGCCACAGGGAUAUAUCUCCGCGGGAUGUCGUCGUCCUCCACGAAGGGAUGCUGCGCGCUGCUGUGCCUGCUGCUGUGCCGCCUGCUCGCGCGACACCGCGCCCUCGCGGACCAGAGCACCGAGCGGCCGUACGAGUUCUCCUUCAAUAUCAUCGACUUCCAGCACAGAUACGAGAAGAAAGAUGCCGAGGGACUGAUUAACGGGGAAUACGGCUUCAUCACGGCUGACGGUGUCUACCACGAAACUGGAUACGCCACGGACGAAAACGGUGAUUUCAUCAUCACCCGCAUGAGAAACCGGAAAAUAACGAGCUUGAAAGACGCCCAAGAGAUAUUCAAGGACAGGCCGGAGGCGGCCAAGAAAUUGGUGGAGGCGAUCUCGAGGGCCUGCAGCGGCUGCAAAAUCGCCGCCGUGAAAGACGAGGAAGUCGCCGUGAGACCCGAGAAACGCGCGGACGCCCCCAAGAUCCCGACGAGCAAGUCCCGCAAGGAGAAGGUCUUAUCGGUGGCUCGGCCCAAGGAAGAGGUGGUGAGGAACGUGAUGCGGGCGGCGAAGGAGCUGCUGCCGCAGCAGAAGCCCGGCCCGCGCAGACUCGCCGCGGACAAGCAGGUGCUGGCGAAGAUGGCGAACGACUUGUAUUAUCGAUUCAACUACUCAGUCACCACGCACGGCCACCACGAGGACGGUUAUCGCAGCGGCCGGAAGGACGGCAGUUACCGCUCGCAGAGCGACGACGGCGUCGAGACGCGGGUGAGGUACCUGUCCAACGAAUUCGGCCACCAGCCCAACGUCACGUUCUUGCCGCGCGCCGACGCGGCCGAGCAGGAGCACGCCCUCAAAGGAUACUCGUUCCGCUGGUACUGGUCGUGAAUCUCGCCACUCCGCUUCUUAUCUCGACAGCCGGGGUUUCUCUCUUUCUCUUCUGUCUUUCCUCCUGUUUGUCUGUCCUUCUCGCCUCAUUCUCAUCUUUUUUCUCUCACGCUAACGGGAUUACGCGCCAAAAGAGUGCGGCGGUUUAGAUAGCGUCCUCCUCGGGCGGUUCAUCGCGACGAGCGAGAGGAUCGACGACUUGUUAACCCUUUAACGCCUGCUGCUAACUACAGCAGUCACUAGAAACGCAUUUAAGCAUCCAUAAGUUAGUCAAGAAAGGAGAUAUCUUCGUUUUCUUUGCACCUGCAGUGUAAAGGUGAAUUCUUCUUCUAAAAAAUGGCAUAUAGAUCGUACGUAGAUUCGGUUCAGUCUGUUUUUAGCUCAGUUUUAAUGAUAACACGGGGCGGCCGGUUCACUUUGACAACGAGAAACUGAAGAUGACCGAAGACGUCGCAGGAAGUGUUACAACAAGCACAUGCCUGGUUGAGGAAAACAGUAAAAGACGUUGUCAAUUGCGCAGCUCGAGAGGGAAGCGAAGUAGGACAAAAAUAAUUUGCGAAACCUGUAAAAAUUCACCUCUGCAUCUCUCGAUGCUUUAUGCGAUUCCAUUC